GGUGUGCUUUUUUGAGUCCUCUGAACACAGAUAAUCUGUAUGCAUGUCUAUCAGUGUGUGUUUUAGUGUAUUUUUGAGGCCCACAACAGAAGAACAGCUUUCUCUAGGUUCAACAACUGACUACCUCGCAACAGUGCAGGAAUGUGUGUGUGUGUAUGUGUGUGUGUGUUUGGACAGAGGGAGGCAGGAUUUGGAGCCUCUCUUUGGUUACUAUAGUAACUGUGAUGUAAGCCCAGAGGGGGAGUUUGCCCUCUUUCUCUUUCAAUGUGUCAGUAUGUGUGUGUGUGUGUGUGUGUGUGUGUGUGUGUUCCUGUGUGUGACGAUGACGAUAGAAAGACUUCAGUGAAUGAGAAGGGAGCGACGACCUGAAAGAGACGAAGAAAAAACUCCUUCCCUUGAUGACAUCACCACUUUGACCCUACCUACACCAACAGCUUCAUCAUGACUGACAAAAAGUUCUCUGGUGUGCCUUCUCCCUUCAUGUCUUUUCCUUUACAUCGGAAUGGACGAUUUGGACAAGCAGCAUCCAAAACCUCUCCACCUCCUCACCAAAAUGGCAGUCCAGACCAAGGGUUAGAACACCAAAGUUCUAGAAACAUUAGUCCCGUUCUCCAGGUUCUCUCUGCCCCCAAUGGCAGGACCUCAGACUCCACCUCAUCCAUUAGGAACCUUGGAGGUCUUGUGAGUUCUAUACAAAGUUCUGAUUCUGAAGGCAGGUCCAGUUUCCCCAGACCUCGAGGUCAGAGUCUUGGCUCAGCUCUAAGUGUGAGAACCAGAACUACAGCUACAAGAAGCAAGCAUAGGAGCAGUCAGCAGGAUGAGCCAGAAGCAUUGUUGGACCUGAUCCUUGAAUCACAGGGUCAGAGACUGAAUGACCAGAGAGCCAGUGUCAGUCUGCUGCCUGAUCCAGGAGCAGCUGGUCUGUGUGAGACCUGCAACCAUGACCAGCCUCUUGCACCCACUUUAGACUUCUACAACAUGCUCAUUCACUACCAGUCUGACCGAAUGGAAGACCAGCGUUGCUCCCUCCCAGACCUGGAUGAUGUGGUUGGUUCAGUUCUUGAGGGUCAGGAGGAUUUCUUCAGUCUGAUCCAGAGAGUCCAGUCUAGGAGGAUGGAUGAGCAAAGAGCCUCACUACUGAUGUCACACACUGAGGAUGAUGAUGACACUCACUCUGGCAUCGCCCCUGUCCCUCACUGACAUCAAUGACAAAGAUCAGAGUCUCAAUGUAUAGGGACUGGAUUUCACGGAGUACAGUGUCUUUGUGUCCAACAGUUGAACAGAGUCUGGGUAUUUUUGAGUCCACCUGCAGGAUUCAGAUUAAAACCUUUAUCCAGACUGUAACAAGGACCCAGAAUCCAGACUAUGCUGAUGUGGACACAAAACCUGAGAUUUAAGAUCAACAAUCUGAUCUAAGAGUGGUCAAAUGAGCUAUUACUGUGCAUUACACUUUCUCUGUGGGCCCCAGGCUGGGCCCAUGUAGGUGAUGUGAAACACAGGUCUGGGUCAUGAUCUCCUCUUAAUUUAAAAAGAUCUGUGCUAACUGCUCUGUCCAACCAAACAGUCAUCGCAACAGAAAAACCUAGAAGCAACCCUGGAAGGUUCUGUGUGAUGACUUUCUCUUGGGAAAAUAUGCUUCUGUCCUGUACUGAACAUUAUUUUGGUUUUAUCUUAACCGUAACUACAGCAUUAGUAAAACUUGAAUCAGUCAAAUAUUUUCAUCUUGAUCUGAUUUAAAUAUGAAUCUAACAAACACUGCCAGGAUCAGUUUUAUGUUUUAGUUUGUAAACAAAUAAAAUGAUAACAUAAAUUAAAAAGUCAAUUUAUGUUCAGAACAAAGAAACUGGUCAAGAUCAGUGUUCACUUAAAGAAACAUUAAAACUAACAACAACCAGUCAAAUAAAUAAAAUAAUUUAAAUAUGUCACUGUAAACUGUAGAAAUAUUUUUAUUUUAAUCAUCACUGAGGAAGAACUUGUAAAUAUAUUACAAUAAUCUGUUUACAGUAGGCAUAGGUCCUGUGUUCAAGACUGCUACUUUAGAAAAAUGUUGUUGAAAUGUGACUAGUCAAGUUUUUGUCAUAAACAGCAGGUAAACACAGGUGUUGUUGCUUACUGUCAAUGAGCCUGGUAAAGAGGCUCAUGAAGUAACUGUUACUUCAUGAUGUCACCAUUACGUCUGUGUUUACCUGUGUCCUGUCAAGGUGGAGCCUGAGAAAUAUGUUUUUAAUUAUAGUUUAGAGUACAGUAACGCAAACAUAAAGAAGCAAAUUAUAUAGACCAGAUUUUAUCUCAGAGUCCAGACACCUCAGUACAGAGAAGAAAUACUUACGUACAUAAGACUAACAGCGCUUUUCCAUUAUACAGUUCUAGCACUACUGGGCUCUACUCUACUCGGUUUGGUAUUAGGUACUGACGGUUACCCCAGUAAACAGUACUCUGUUAGUUAACAUCUAAUUUCUCGGCU